AUGCAUUUUUGUUGUCAAGGAUUGUCAGCAAAUUAUGAUUUCAUUUUUUUCUGCUUUAAGACGUUUUUUUGGAGGAGGGUGCCUAUUUUUAAAACUUUUUUUUAUCAAUUUCCUGCUGCUAUAAAAUCUAAUAAUCUCAAUUUAAUUUCCCUUUUUUUCUUUCUUCAUAUUACUUCCCCUCUUUCUCUCUUUUCUUCCUUUCAUUUUUACCUCUUUCUCUCUUUUCCUUUCAUUUUUACCUCUUUCUCUAUUUUCUUCCUUUCAUUUUUACCUCUUUCUCUCUUUUCCUUUCAUUUUUACCUCUUUCUCUAUUUUCUUCCUUUUAUUUUUACCUCUUUCUCUCUUUUCUUCCUUUUAUUUUUCCCUCUUUCUCUCUUUUCUUCCUUUUAUUUUUCCCUCUUUCUCUCUUUUCUUCCUUUCAUUUUUACCUCUUUCUCUCUUUUCUUUCUUUUAUUUUUCCCUCUUUCUCUAUUUUCUUCCUUUUAUUUUUCCCUCUUUCUCUAUUUUCUUUCUUUUAUUUUUCCCUCUUUCUCUCUUUUCUUUCUUUUAUUUUUCCCUCUUUCUCUCUAUUCUUCUUUUCAGUUAUAUUUUCAUUUUUUUUCUUUUCUUCCAUUUCCCACUUUUCCCUGUUUCACUUCUUCCUUUUCUCCCUCAUUCAUUAAACAUAACAAAGUACAUCAGAGAAACCAAAUCAGAGAGAAAUAG